AUGGCAUCGGAGCAAGCAUCGGAGGCUCCUGCGGCAGGCUCUCUUGCUGACCGCAUCUCCAAGCCUGAUGAAACCCAGCCUGAAACCAAACCUGAAGCUCAGUCCGAAGCCCAGCCCGCAGAAGAUGCUGAGAAGUCCGGCGAGGCUGACCAGACCGAUGGCGCCCCCGCUGAACUCGGCGGGUCUGACCUGCAGGAACCGGACUACACGGUCGAAGUCAAACUGAGCGAUCUCCAGGCGGAUCCCAACAACCCUCUCUUUUCCGUCAAAAACUUCGAGGACCUUGGAAUCGACCCUCGCAUCCUGAAGGGACUGUCGGCGAUGAACUUCCGCAAGCCUUCGAAGAUCCAAGAACGUGCCCUGCCGCUGCUCCUGAGCAACCCGCCCAAGAACCUGGUCGGCCAGUCGCAGUCUGGUACCGGAAAGACCGCUGCAUUCGUUCUGAAUAUUUUGAGCCGCUUGGACCUGACCUCGGAGAAAGCGCAAAAGACCCCCCAGGCUCUGAUCUUGGCCCCGACUCGCGAACUGGCGCGCCAGAUCGUUGGGGUCAUCCAGGUCAUGGGACAGUUCCUCGAAAACCUCAUUAUCGGCACCGCGGUGCCUGCAGACAGUGAUAGCCGCCCGCGGAAGCUUGAGUGCUCCGUUGUCGUCGGUACCCCCGGGACCGUCAUGGAUAUGAUUAAGAAGCGCAUCAUGGUGGCCAGUGGACUGAAGGUUCUGGUGCUGGAUGAGGCCGAUAACAUGCUCGACCAGCAAGGCCUGGGCGACCAGUGUAUUCGUGUCAAGGGCCUGUUACCACGCACCAUCCAAGUCGUCCUCUUCUCCGCCACAUUUCCCGAGCACGUCCACCAAUAUGCCUCGAAAUUCGCCCCUGACGCGAACGAAAUCACGCUCCAGCACGAAGAACUCACAGUCGAGGGCAUCAAACAGCUGUACCUCGACUGCUCCGACGAUGAGGACAAAUAUCGCAACCUUGUGCAGCUGUACGGGUUACUUACCGUCGGCUCUUCGAUCAUUUUCGUCAAGACUCGUGCGUCUGCGCAAGAAAUCGAGAAGCGCAUGGUCGCAGAAGGACACACCGUUGCCUCCUUGACCGGUGGUAUCGAGGGUUCGCAGCGUGACGCUGUCAUCGAUCAGUUCCGAGCCGGCCAAGCCAAGGUGCUAAUUACGACAAACGUGCUGGCUCGAGGAAUCGAUGUCUCCACGGUCUCCAUGGUCAUCAACUACGACAUCCCCGAGAUCCAUCAACCCGGACGCCGUGAACGCCAGGCCGACUUCCAGACCUACCUCCACCGUAUCGGUCGUACCGGACGAUUUGGCCGUGUGGGUGUCUCCAUCUCCUUCGUCUCCAGCCGCGACGAGUGGAACAUGCUCAACCAGAUCCAACAAUACUUCAACACCACCAUCCAGCGCAUUGACACCAAGGACUGGGACGAGGUGGAAGACAUCAUCAAGAAGACUAUCAAAACUACCCGGGCCCAGGGAACCUUCGGGCGAUAA